AUGCUGCUGCUCUCUCCCAUCACCUUGGUGGCGGCAGCAGCCCUGCUGUUUGCCAUCCACUUGAUUCGACGCAUCACAUCUCCAUUGAGUAAAAUCCCAGGACCGGCAGCGUCCAAGUUCACCUCCUUGGUCCUCAAGUGGAAGGAGAUCAAGGCCCUCAGGACGGUCUACAUUCACAAACUCCAUCAGCAAUACGGGCCCGUCGUCCGCAUCGCCCCCAACGAGGUGUCAUUUACGUCUUGGGAAGCUUUGAAGGAGAUUUACUGCUCCGGAGGCAGCGGCUAUGACAAGACGGAGUUUUACGAUCUGUUCAAGAUCUACGGCAGGAGGACCAUGUUCACCACCUUGAACAAGGCAGACCAUGCCAAACGUAAAAGGAUUCUCGCCGACCGUUAUGCUAACAGCAACGUCAUGAAGAGCGCUUCAGUCACGGGGGUCCAGGAACGGUCUUCCAAGUUUGUUCAACGCUGUACUUGUGCUCCAGGAGGUGUAUCGGACAUUUUUAUGGCCUUGCAUGCGUAUGCCUGCGAUUGCAUCACGCACCAUCUGUUCCAUCCCUACGGUACCGACUGCAUCACCAAGAAGCAAGACGAGGAGAUGAUGCACCAACACGGAUUCAUAGAUCGCCUCAUCUCGCACUACGCUCCUACUUUGCAUCGUCUGUUCUCCAAGGUGCUGUAUCUGUUUGCAAAGCCCCGAGAGACGCCCCUAGCCGACGACUACGUGCUGGAGACCAGCCAGCUCAGCGGCACGGCCUCGUUCACUCUCAUGAGCCGCUUUGACGAAAAGACGGGCGACCUCGACUACAUCGACAAGGCAGCAGAGUGUCUGGACCACAUGGCCGCGGGCAUCGACACCACGGGCGACGGGCUCUGCUUCCUCCUGUGGGAGCUGUCGCAGCCGCGCUCGCUCGGGACCCAGCGCAAGCUGGCCGAGGAGCUGCGGGCGAACCCGGACACGCCCUUUGACAAGCUGCCCUUUCUCGACGCCGUCGUCUGCGAAGGCCUGCGGUGCUUCCCGCCGAUCCCGAUGUCGCUGCCGCGGUACGUGCCCCAGGGCGGGCGCUCCAUCGACGGCUUCUGGCUGCCCGAGAAGACGGUCGUGAGCUGCCAGGCGUAUUCGGUCCAUCGGCUCAACGGCGACAUCUUCCCGGACGGAGACGUGUUCGAUCCCGAGCGCUGGCUGGAGGCCGAGGGAGAUGCGGACCGGAGACGGAUCCAGUUUGCUUUUUCCAACGGAGGACGGGGCUGCGUCGGGAAGCACCUGGCUCUUGUCGAGAUGAAGACGCUGUUGCGGGAUGUUUAUUCCCAGUACAGCACGACGCCGCACGAGUCGAUGCAGGAGGAGGCCAUGGCCAUGUCGGACCAGCUCAUCUCGGCGCGGCCGCUGGGGCAGAAGUGCCUUUUGCGAUUCCAGCCUCUUGAUGCUAGUACCUGUACAGAAGAGCCCAAGAGACAACACGACAUCAUCAAAAUGUCUCAAUGCCCGACGGCAACCACUGGCAAUGCGAGGGCAAUAUCGGGGCACCACCGCUUGGUUGGUUGGGCGAAAAUGCCGAUGGGUGCAGCUGCAGUUGGCUCCGAGUUGAGCAUCGAUCUGCAGUGCAAAUACCAGAACACCAGCACUUCCGCUUGUCGAUGCCUCGGUACUAUAACCUGUAUGGACCAGUACACGUAUGUACAUGUACCUCCAGUCCUUGACACGAAAGUUCAACCCGGACCUGAGUUCUACAUGCUCGGUAGAAACAUCCCGUCGGUUCCCAGAGACGCAUUCGAGCACACGUUCACAUUCACAUUCAUCCUCGGUAGCCCGGACAAUCCUCGUAUGCCGCGUCUUGCCGCAGACUCUCCGAGCCAGCGAACCUACUACCUGAUGUACCGGUCCACGCCGUCGAGCGCUAAAGAGCGCCAGCACCGACGCGCUGAAGACGCAAGUGAUGCCCUGCCGUCAGUGCUGCCAGUGCUGCUUUAG